AUGGAUCAGUCUAGUGGAAAUGCAAUGCUUUUGAGGUUGAUAAACUCUCAGCAUUUCAGCUUGUUUUUAUGUAUUUCCUAUCUAGAGAGAUAUGCCUCAAACAUUGGUAUUUUUUCUUAUUUAUGCCAAAGAAUACGAUCCUACAAAUACGACGAAAUCCAGUUUUUUGUUCCCCAGCUAUGCCAAAUUCUAGUCACUGUCGAGACUCAGUCCAUGGCUCUUGAGGAUUUAUUGUUGGAUUUAUCCUCCCAGCAUCCCCAUUUCACCUUAUUGGCCUUUUGGCAGCUACAAGCUCACUUGCACGACUUAAGCCAGGACCCUGAAUCCUUUGGCUUUCAAAUCACAAGAAAAAUGUUAAAUUCUCUACAAUAUGUCAUCUACAACGCUACUCCUCCUCCAUCCAACCAAUUCAGAGAAAACAUUGCUCCUGCUCUAAUCUUAUCAAGUGCAAUAGCUGGUGCCAUCGCUUUACCUCAAUUAGCUUCCCAUAUUGGCCCACUAGCAAAAUCCCAGGGCAGAAAACAAAAAACCUAUGUCUUCCAAAUUGCUAAAAACUUUUCCGACGAACUAGUCAAAAAUUUAACUCUAAAAAAUACGAAAAAAAAUUCGUAUUUAUCUGUUUCAAGCUCAAAAUCUCAGCUAAACUUAAAUUCAACCUCAACCUCAAAUUCUUUUACAAAUUCCUCAAAUCCUUUCAAAAAUCAUGUCCAAAAUCAUAUCCAAAAUCACAAUAAUAAUCUCAAUUAUGACCAUAACCAAAAAUCUCUCAAUUCUCCAGUCAAACUACAUAGUUUCGAUAACAUCAAUAACGCAAACCACUUAAACACUCAAAUUAAUUUUGACACAAUUCAGCCUUCAUCUAUAAACCUAAAAAACAUGAACGAUCAAUUUAAAAAACCAAUCCCCGACACUCCUCCAACUUUUGACAACUUUGAUCUAAUCGAUAAAUACCCAAACUCUUUAUUCAACAACAAUACCGAUGGUGGUGCUCUUAAAAAUAAAAACCUAUAUAACAAUUACAACAAUAAAAAUAAACCUCCUUCAAGAGCUCAGACUUUAAGUAGGUCUUCUCUGCUUUUAAAUUGCAGAAAAAGAGAUAAUAAAUCUUCAAAUUCAAGACACCAUGGCUCAAAUAUUAGAAAUAUAUCUCCCACUUUAAUGUCAACAACAACAAAAAUAAAAUUGCUAAAAUCAAACUAUUACAGAUGUGAAACCCAAUUUGCCAUAGCUUUGCAACAAAUAUCCUUAAGAUUAAGUCAAGUCCCAAAAGAAGCAAGAUUGGCUUCUCUCAAAGCUGAACUAUCUCUACUAAAUAAAGAUUUACCUGCUGAAGUUGAUAUCCCCACUCUAUUUCCUCCAAACAAAAAGGGAAAAUUACACAAAAUCGUUAGAAUAACUCCAAAUGAAGCUGCUGUUUUAAAUUCCGCUGAAAGAGUUCCUUUUCUUUUACUAAUAGAGUAUUUAAACAACGAUCUAGAUUUUGACUCUUCUUCCUCAACAAAUUUACAACUAUUAAGAGAAAAACCUGAUAGAACUUAUAUCUUUGAUUUAGGUAUCCAAACCACAAAUUUAAAUUCUCCAAAAUCAACCGGCUUUAAUGAUAAUGAUAAUUACAAUGAUAAUGAUAAUGAUAAUAAUGACAAUAUCGACCACAACGAUACUCAUUUGCAUAUAAAUGAAAAGGAGGGUGACAUCGAUGAAGCAGAUUUGGCUGAUUUAUCGGUCAUUAAAAUCACUGAUAAUGAAAUUCAAAAUGAAAGACUCAGAAAAGAAUUAUUCGUUGCCAAUACUCAGGAUGUGCCCAUAUUAGAUUCUCCUCCAAUCAACAAUACUCAGAAUUCUUAUUCUAAACUAGUCAAUGGCAGAAAUCCCAACAUGACAAAUGAUGAUCUUGCAACUCACAUGAGAAUUGCUGCUGUCAUGUUAACUCAAUUAGACAAUCCAAGUAAUACUUUACCUUCUGAUCAAAGCGCAGCUAUAAAAGCAAAAAUCAUUGCAUCAAUGCAAUCAUUUCAAGAUAAUUUUGGACUUAAUGAUUACAUGAUUCGAGGAGAAAGAGGUGAAAGAAAAUUAGAAAAUGAUCUAAAAUUAGGUGGUGUCUCUAAUAAAAACUCAACUUCAUACCUUGGUGAGGAUUGGGACACCAAGAAAGAAAGAAUAAGAAAGGAAUCCCCAUAUGGCCAUUUCGAAGAUUGGGAUUUAUGUUCUGUGAUUGCAAAAAAUGGCGAUGACCUAAGACAAGAAGCAUUUGCAUGUCAAUUAAUUCAAGCUAUUGCAGACAUUUUAAAGGAAGCCAACGGCAAAGUUUGGGUCAAAAAAAUGAGAAUAUUGAUUACAAGUGCUAAUACUGGGUUGGUUGAAACUAUCACAAAUGCUAUUUCAAUCCACUCAAUUAAAAAAUCUCUAACAGGAAUUUUGAUCGAAAACGGAGAAAACCCUAAAGGUACAGUUCCACCUUUGACAGAGCACUUUAAAAGAGUAUUUGGUGACGAAAACUCCCUAAGAUAUAAUAGAGCACAAGACAAUUUUGCCUGUAGUUUGGCUCCAUAUUCAUUGAUUUGUUAUUUAUUACAAAUAAAAGAUCGACAUAAUGGUAACAUAAUGUUGGAUAAUGAAGGACACAUUAUUCAUAUUGAUUUCGGGUUUUUGCUAUCAAAUUCUCCUGGUAGUGUUGGUUUUGAAGCUGCUCCAUUCAAAUUAACUCAAGAGUAUGUAGAUAUAUUAGGAGGUGUGGAUGGAGAAUAUUUUCAUAAAUUUAGUAGAUUGAUGAAAGAAAGUUUCAAAAUCAUUAGAAAACAUGCUGAAAGUGUGAUAACAAUGGUAGAAUUAAUGCAAAAAGAAAGUUCUUUGCCUUGUUUUAAAGCAGGAGAUCAAACAGGUAUCCAAUUAAGGCAACGAUUUCAAUUGCAUUUAACAGAUUCAGAAUGUGAUAAAUUUGUUGAAAAUUAUUUGAUUCAAAAAAGUCUUGGGAGCAUUUAUACCAGACUAUAUGAUCAAUUUCAAUUGAUUACUCAGGGUAUAUACAGUUAG